AUGAUACAAGAAUUAUUACAUUUUGGAUUAAUUCGUCCAUCUGAUUCUCCAUGUGCAGCACCAGCAAUGCUGGUAGCUAAACAUGAUGGUACAUGGAGAAUGGUAGUAGAUUAUAAAAAAUUAAAUAAUAUUACUAUUAAGGAUAAUCAUCCAUUACCCAAUAUGGAGCAAGCAAUACAAUUAUUAGGUGGUGGUUAUAAAUUUUUUUCCAAACUUGAUAUGAAGAGUGGAUUUUGUCAAAUUCUAAUUAAAGAAGAAGACAAAUUUAAAACUGCAUUUAUUACUCCAUAUGGUCUUUUCGAAUGGAAUGUGCUGGCUCAAGGUCUCAAGAAUAGCCCACCAUCUUUUCAACGACAUAAUUUUCAACUUAACUUGGUCAAAUAUAGUAUUUUUCAUCAACAAGUCGAUUAUUUAUCUCAUGCAAUAUCUGAACAUGGUGUUAAGCCAACCAAUGAAAAAAUUCAAGCAAUUAUUAAAUUACGACAACCUACUAAACUACCUGAAGCAAAUAAAUUUCUCAGUGCUCUUUCGUGGUAUCGUAAAUUUAUAUCCAAAUUUGCAACAAUUGCUACAUCUAUUCAUGUUGUAAAAAACUUAACAAAAACAAAUAAACACAAACUCGAAUUGGGUGCUUCUCAAUUUCAAGAGUUUUUACAAUUGAAACAGUUAUUAAUUACUUCUCCAUUAUUUUUUGAUUUUCCAGAUGAUAAUUAUCUUGUUAUAUUAACAACGGAUGCAUCAGAAAUUGGUAUUGGUGAUAUAUUACAACAAAAUAUUAAUGGUGAAAUAAAAAAUUUAUAUUAUCAUUCUCAAGUUACAUCUUCUACUCAACGACGAUAUGAUCCUAUCGAAUUAGAAGCAUUAACCAUAUGGUUAUGCUUUCAACGAAUGCGAUCUUAUCUACCUGAUCAACAUAAUUGUUUAGCUGAUUAUUUAUCUCAUCAUCCAAUACAAAAUGAUGAAGAAAUAUUUGAUGAGGAUUAUAGCAUAAGCAUGUUACUUCAGGGGGAACCACCGGAGACGGUGCAUGCUCCUGUCAAUCAUCCUCCAGUUAUUGGUGCUGUUGUUACGCGUUCAAAAAUGAAACAAAUACAACAACAACAAAAUGAAAAUGACAAAAUUACACCACACACUGUAAAUGAUAUAUCAUCGUCGUCAAGUAAAGACAAAAUUGAACAUUCAAAUAAAUCUCCAUCACUCUUAAUUACGUCUAACAAUUUUGAUAUAACUCAAAUUAAACUUGAACAGUCAAAAGAUUCAAAUAUUCAGAAGAAGAUUAAAGAAGUUAUGCAAGAUCCAACAAAACAUCCUUAUGUAGUUACAAACGGUUUAUUAUAUAAAUUGGUAUUAAUGAAUGUUGCUAGUAAUAAGAAGAAGAAAUGGUCAUUUUGGCAUUCAACGAACAUAUUUAAAAAAUUAAAAAAUAAAUUCUGGUGGCCAAAUAUGAAACAAUCAAUUAUUCAACAUAUUCAAUCUUGUUUACCUUGUCAACAACAUAAUAUUAGUCGUACAAAGAAACCAGGUCGACUUAAUCCAAUUCCAACUCCAGAGGAGCUAUUUCAAUUAAUAGAUAUUGAUUAUUGUGGUCCGUUCCAACCAACACCUCGUGCUUUAUCUGAUUGUUCAGCACAAACCACGGCUCAAAGAUUAUUUAAUAAUUACAUUUGUCCAUAUGGUGUACCAUUAGCUAUAUUAUCUGAUCAAGGUACUCAUUUUAAAAAUCAACUUAUGGAAUCCAUAGCAAAAUUAAUUGGUUACAAUCAUAUUUUUUCAAGUGUUUAUCACCCACAAAGUAAUGAAAUGAUUGAACGUUUUAAUGCGACAUUCGUUCCUCAAAUUGUCAAACUUCAAGAUCUAGAAAAUAACAAUUGGGAUGAAUUCUUAUCACCAGUGGUAUUUGCUUAUAACACCAGCAUCCAUGCAACGACUAAUUAUUCACCAUUUCAAUUACAGUUUGGUCGAGAAUCAUGUUUACCUACUGAUGAACCUUCAUCAUCAUUUACUUUCAAUAAACCAAAUGAUUAUUAUGUACAAUUGAAAAAAAAUCUGUUGAUAAUACAACAACACGCACGUGAUAAUAUUAUUCGUCGACAACGACAAUACAAGAUUAAUUAUGAUAAACAAUGUCCAGAUCCACAUUAUGAAAUCAAUGGUCCAGCACUGAUUAAAAUUCAUGGAAUAAAGAAAAAAUUAGAACCAAAAUAUUCGAUUACACCAAAAAUAAUUCUUAGGAAACAACAUCCAAUUGAUUGGGUCAAAGAUGAAAAAACACAGGUCGAAUCCAGAGUACAUGUUAAUGAUAUUCGAUCUAUUCUUAUUUUAAAAUCAACAUGA